AUGAGUGCUGUCUCCCACGGUGCCCAGCUCCUGGAGAUCGAGGGCGACAGCCACCUUGUCGUGGCACAGGUCAAGGGCUCCUACGCGUGCCGGAACCAGCGCCUCCGCCAGCUCCGCAACCGGGUUCGCCACGCGCUCCGGUCGAUACCGGCGCAUACCCUCCGGCACAUUGACCGGAAGGCCAACGCCCAUGCAGACCGGCUGGCUAACCGGGCACUCGACCUCCAGCGCACGGUGACAGAGUGCGGAGAGCACCAGGGGACGAUGGAUAACUGCUUCCAGCCGGUUCUCCCCGAACAAGAGGGACCACACCCGGUCGCGCGUGCGCCGAGCUCUGUUGCAGCACCUGCCGGCACCAGCGAUGAGGACGAGGACAUCGUGGCCGAGAUUGCAGCACGGGACGGAGGAGAAAUAUUCCCAACUUUGCCUCUUGGCCCAGACUCUGCUCCAGCGCGGCAUCCUCGGCUCCGGCUUCGACAGCUCCACGACAGCGAGCACGACGCCGCGUCCACCGCCUUGCAGGCGUUCGCCGAGACCAUGGCGGCCAAGAUCGUGGACGCCGACAGCUGGGAGUCCGGUGAGGGCUACAUCGGCGCGAUCCCUGAUGGUGUACGCGAGGUGCUUCGCCCGUACUCAAUUACGCCACCCGUCAUCUCGACGCUGCGACCACGUCAACACAGCAGACGUCCGCCCCGUGUGACGCGCACCCAGCGCGAGCACCGCCUGGACGAGGCGCUGGAUGAUCUGGCCGCUGUGCAGCGAGCCACCCCGACGGACCAGCGUGCCGUACGCAAGGCACGUCGCCGCGUCGGCCGGGUGCGCACGUCCAUGGCGACGCAAGAGUUGCGUCAGGCCUUCGCCAAGGAUGAAGCCAAGUGUGUGGAGCGAAUCCUCAAGGGUGCGUCCGCUGAGACGGCGGCGGAAGAACACCCUGACGUGUGCCCCAUUGGCCGCGACGAGCUACACCGCCACUUCACCGGCAUCAACUCGGCACCAGCGCCAUUCCACUACGACGCACCCCAGGGACACGAAUUCCGGGCGGCGCUCGACAACCUGCCGACGCCCACGGAGGAGACAGACGCUUUCACGGACGAGCUCACGCUGGAUGAGGUGGAGGAUCAACUCAGCCACGUCGCCAAAACCUCAAGUCCCGGACAUGAUGGCGUAGGCUACGACAUCUACCGCCGUUUCGCGCCGCAGCUGACCCCCCUCCUCCACGCCGCAUACCAGUUCUGUUGGCUGCAUCGGCGCGUGCCGGCCCUGUGGAAGGUGGGCAUCGUCCGCCUCAUUCACAAGAAAGCCGACCCGACGCAGCCAGCGAACUGGCGGCCGAUUUGCCUACAGCCCGCGAUCUACAAGCUCUACAGCGGGCUGCUGGCACGCCGACUAUCACGCUGGCUGGAGCGGAACCAGCGUCUCCCUAUGGCACAGAAAGGUUUCCGUGCCUUCAACGGAUGCCACGAGCACAACCUCGUGGCAACGACACUGCUGGACCAGACGCGGCGGCUGCACCGCAGGUUGUACCAAGUCUGGUACGACCUGCGGAACGCGUUCGGAUCACUGCCGCAGCUACUGAUGUGGCGCGUGCUUCGCCACCUCGGCGUCGACACCAGAUUCGUCGAGCGCUGCGAGGACAUCUACGCUGGAUCUGCCUUCGUGGUGGCAAACGCAGCCGAUGGACCGACAGAUCCGGUACGCCAGGAGGUGGGCGUAUAUCAAGGUUGCCCCUUGAGCCCCCUCCUCUUUAUCGCGGCACUCGUGCCACUUGUGCGGAGGCUGGAGCAGCUUGACGGCGUCGGAGUACCGCUGGCCGAGGGCGUGCGGCCAUGCGUCACCGCCUACGCCGACGACAUCAAAGUCUUCAGCGACAGCGCCGCCGGCAUCCGCAAAUGCCACGGCGUUGUCGCGCGCUUCCUGGCGUGGACAGGGCUGCGGGCUAACGCCGCCAAGUGUGCGAGCCUCGCAGUGACCACGAACGCCCGUGGCAAUCCGGCUCGCGACGAGAGCGUGCAGCUCGAGCUACACGGCGACGCCAUCACCCCCCUCAGUCUCCAAGGAAGUUAUCGCUACCUGGGGGUGGGCGAUGGCUUCGACCACGUGCGCCAUCGCCUCCAACUUGAACCCAAGCUCCAACAGAUCAAGCGGGAGGCGGUGGCGCUGAUGCAGUCGGGACUGGCGCCGUGGCAAGUGGUCAAGGCACUCAAGACGUACGUCUACCCCAAGGUAGAGUAUGCGCUCCGACACCUCCGCCCGCUCCAGUCCCAACUGCAAGGCUUCGACAGAGCAGUGUCACGCGGCCUGCGCCACCUACUACGCCUGCUCCAGUCUGCCACCAGCGAAAUUUUCUACACGCCGACGUCGGCGGGCGGACUGGGGCUGCAGCCUCUCGUAGAGAUGCACCAGGCGUUGCAG